GCAACCAAUAAAUCUUCCUUACCUUCUAUAAAUGAUAACAGGAGCUAGCCUUUUAUCUGGCAAUAUUGACCUGGUAGUUUGGGUUAUUCAGAUAUCAUCACUUAACUAAUAUUGGUUCUAUAGCUAGGAUAUUAUGGAGGGUGAUGGAAAAAAAAUGACACUCAAACCUAUCAGAAUAAUAUCAAAGAAUAUAGAUGAAAAUGGAGGCGGAGAAGAAGCAAUAUUAUUAAGUCCGAUUACUCGAAUGUUUCAUGAGCCUGGAUACAAAUUUUACAUCUUAGCCAUCAUGGGAUGGAAAGUACCAAUUGAUGUUGACUCCAUCAAGGCUGAAUUACAAAGAAAGAUGCUUAAACACCCACGCUUUUCCAGUUUGCAGGUUAUGGACAAGUUAAGUCAUGAUGGCAAUGGAAAAAUGAGAUGGAUUCCCACGACAGUGAAUAUAGAUGAUCAUAUCAUAUUGCCCCAAAUCGCCCAUAAUACUAUGGACGAUGCAGACAAGUUGGUCCAACAGUAUAUAUCUAACCUAAGCACAACAACUAUUGACAUGUCGAAACCUCUGUGGGAUUUUCACGUCCUUAACAUGAAAACCUCACAAACCGAAGCAACUUGUAUUUUCCGUUUUCAUCAUUCUCUUGGAGAUGGAGUUGCCCUCAUUUCCCUCUUACUCUCUUGUUUUCGGACAACCUCAGAUCCUACCUCUCUACCCACAAUCCCAGUUUCUUCUUCUAAAGACAAAUCGAAUUUAUCAAUUAGCAAUAGUAGAAAUAACAUUCUGUCAUUAAUGUGGAAGUACGUCGUAAAAUUGUGGUUAUUUAUCAAACUUUUGUUCAACACAAUUAUAGAUCUUUUCCUCAUUACAGCCACAAUGCUCUUCUUGAAGGACUCUCGAUCACCUUUUAUGAUUGCACAUGUGUCUAAUCGUCAAACAUUUAUUUAUCGAACUGUUAGCUUGGACGACAUUAAAUUAAUUAAGAAUGCAACAAACACGACGGUUAAUGAUGUUAUAUUGGGAAUAACACAAGCAGCUUUAUCUCGCUAUAUCAACAGAAGCAACGAAGUUGAAGGUAAGAGGAAGUUUUGGAAACGAAUGAGAUGCAGAGCCGCUGUAACAGUGAAUUUGAGACCAACUUUAGGAGUUCAAGUUGUAGCUGAAAUGAUUGAGAAAAAUACUACAGUAGUACAAGGAAAUUGUUUCGGUCUUGCCAUAUUUCCACUAAAUAUAACCCAGUUAGAGAAUUCUCUCGAUUAUGUCCAUAAAGCUAAGAGAUCAAUGGAUCGAAAGAAGCAUUCUCUUGAGACACGAUGCACCUUUAAUUUUAUACAACUCAUCUUCAAGUUAUUUGGCUGUAGAGUUGCGACAACAUUUGUUGGAAGAGUUCUGUCCCAAACAACACUACUUUUUUCAAACGUAGCCGGUCCACUUGAACAAGUUUCUUUGGCAGGCCAUCCACUGGCAUUCCUUGCACCAACAUGUUAUGGACAACCCACUGGACUGUUGAUUCAUGCGUGUAGUUAUGCCAAGCAGUUAACAUUUGCUGUAGCAGUUGAUGAAGGAUUAAUUCCAGAUCCUAACCAGCUUGGCGAUGAUUUUGUCCAUUCAUUCAUGCUUAUCAAAGAAGCUGCUCUCACAAAAUCGAGAACCAAUAUUGAUGUUUAGCUCACUACGCAUACAUCUGAAAGUACAUUUAUGAUAUGUAUACUUAUUGCUCAAACUAUUAUAUUUGAUUAUAUAUAAUACUCCAUUUUCGUAACAUUGUCGAA